GGUGAGUGCAGCGUGGAUCUCGGUUAUACGUGCAUCUGUUGCAUUGUGCGCGCGUCUGCGGCCUUCUUAAAGGUGCGUGGAGGAAGCAGGCGUGGACUGUAAAUAAUGCGGGGGGAGCGGGGGAGGAACGGCGUGCGAAGUUGGACAGUGUAAGGUUGGGGUCGGGGUCGGGGUCAGGCCUGGAAGUAAGCAGCAGGUGAAUAACGUUUGCUUGUUGCUCUGUGAUUUCUAAGCAGCUUGGCGGCACAUUUUCAGUCAUAGAGAUGUGCCUGAGCCUGAUGCACCAUGGGCUCUGCCCGGUGCCAGAGUGGGAGGCCAUGGGCACAGGCUGAGGCUCACCCUGAGCACCAGGCAGCACUUCUGUGCUGUGUGGAAACGAGCACUGGCACAGGCUGCCCAGGGGCUGUGGGAUCUCCUCCUUGGACAUCUUAAGGAAGCUGCCUGGAUAGGAGCUUGAGUCCCUUGCUCUGGGCACCCUGCUGCAGCUGGGGUUGGGUCAGAUGGACCACAGGGCCCUGCCAGCCUCAGCCCUUCUGCUAUUCUGCGCUGUGUGAAUCGUUCCUCCUUCAGCGCCCCAUUUGGAGUUGAAUUCUGUUGCUAAAGCCAUCCUUGUUUUGCACAGCUGUAGCUCAGACGUUGUUUGAAUUGAGCAGUGAGAACUUCUGAGGGAGAUUAACAAGUUUUUCCUGCCUCAGCACUUUUAUUGGCAAGAGGAAACCCCCGAUAUCAUUUUUCCAACUUUCUCUACAGCUGUGAGAAAUGGCCAUAGCAGUGCUAUUGGUGAAUUUAAUGCACAGGCCCACAUGUGCCAGAACAGGCCUUGGAGAGGGCAGUACCCAGGCAGCAGCCUGUAUACACACUGCCUUGGUAUUACUCAGUCCAGAGAACAACAGUUACCUGAACAGUUUUAAAUAGGCUCUGCCUGUUUAUUUGGAUUUUAUUCUCUGCAGCAAGGCUGAGUCUCAAAUUCUACUUAAUCACCUCUUAUGUCGUUUAUGCCUGAGGCAUCCCAGUACUGUUCCUGCUGGAAGCACAUAGCAUCCCCUUCUGCUGAAAGUUUUGCCAUUACAGAAUAAAUUUGGCCUUGUAACUUACAUGUAUGUUGCCCCACCUGCGUUGAUAAUGUUAUAAUAUGAAUUCUUUAUAUUCUUUCUUGCUUCACAGCACAUUUUGUAAAUAGGAUAUGUUUGUAUUUAUUCUACGUGUGUCUCUGGCAGAAGUAUUUCAAUUGCUGCUAAUUAAACUCAUAUAUGUAUGCUUGGGUAUUGUUUUUUAUGCCAGUUUUACAUCUGAUGGAAUUAUUGCAUAAAACUGAAGUAGUUCCUAGUAUAAAUAAUAUCAGUGGCGUGUCUCAAGUGAAUGCUCAUAUGGUCUUUAUAUUAGAGCAGCCCUUGUAGGCUUCUGGAAGCCUACUGACAUUUUCUGACAUUUUCCACACAUUCCGGAUUUCUUGGGUGUUGUUUUUAUCAAAACCCAAACUAGAAAUGGUAGAGGAAAUGCUUUGUUUUUAUUUUUUAUUUUUAUUUUUUAUUUUUGUUUUUUGUAUAUAUGGUUCAAAAGACUCUGUGUUUAAAGAAUCUAAACAACUCUGCCUGGAGGAGUGAAUCCUUGUAGCCCAACCUAUGUUGCUAGCCCAGGCUGCCAUACCAAGAGCGGAGUCUACAUGAACUGCCAUUUCUCCCCCAUCCUUGUAGUUUUCAGCAGUUGGGGUGCUUAAUAUAUGUUAAAGCAGAACAGCUUUAAUCCACAGAUUUAUCAACUUCCCUGAACACAGCAGCAGCAACCCCGUCCUUUGUUUUGGUCAUGGGCUUCAGGCAGCUUAAAAGAUGUCAAUUAGAGAACAAAAGCUAGCUUUGAGAGUUCAGCAAAAUUAUGUGAAGGAUUUCUGUAGGUGAGUGUGUCAGUGGCUCUAUCUAAGAAUAAGCUUUAUUAUUUUCAAUAAGUAGAAUGUUGAUAUUACAGUCAUCAGCUAUGAAGAUGGGGGGGUAAUUAGGAAGAAAGCAAAAGGCAUUAGGUAAAUUUUGGUUACAAGGGCGUUUGGUUUAAUAUUUGUAAGGUAAUUAUAGAUGAUUUCGAAAUGGCUUCAGAUGUUAAUCCUGUUUCUGAAUCUCCUUGAGAGUGAUUGAGGUUGUUUGUUUGUUUAUUUAUUUUAUAACCAUGUUUUUUUUUUUUCUUAAAGAAGUAUCAGAACUUACUAUGUUUAAAAUAAGCAAUAGGCAUGUGUACUAUCAAAUGCAAAGGAAACACACCAAAGCAAAAAAAAAAAAAAGUCUUCUCUUGUCUUCUCUUCUGGUCUUAACCUUUAUUUGACUUCAGAAGGGAAGAACCAUUGUUAAGCAGAGACUUAUCUCUACGCAGUCAAAUUGGUACUGUUAGCUGGGAAAAAAAUAUUAUUUUCUUAAAUAUUUUAUUAAUGCUUUUUCUUGGAAGCUUUUCUGAAGCCAUCGAUUAUGGUCUCUGCUGAUCUGCAGUAAGUGGGAAUUACCUCUGCUGUGACUAACGUUUGUAAUUUUGAGUAGGGUGGGUUGGAUGUUUCUGCUGGCCUUCUGUUCAGGUGCAUCACUGCAGGCCUAUAGAGUAUUUCAAGCACAGACACAGCCCAAAUGGUUUGUAUGACCUCUGUUAUGUCCUGUGACACCGGAGCCUGUGUUUUGGGAAGCAGAGAUGACUUCUUUAACCUGUUUGUUCACCCCGAGUUUAGUCUAGAUGCCAAACCAGAACCAGUCAAGACACAAGAUGUGGGUGGAUGUUUUUCUUCCUUUAUUUUUUUUUUUUAAUGAUUUUUUUAAAACUUAUUUUACUUUUCAGAACAACUCUGGUUUAAAACUCAGUCCUAUUUUAUUACUUUUUAUGAUGGUGGGAGUAGAGAGAUGUUCUUAAUUGCAGAGGUACAUAUAAUUGAAGGGGGUUGACCAGUGUAAAUGUGUCUAAAAGCCCUUGCUUUUGGCAUGUGGUCUGGCAGAGGAAGAUGGCUGUGCCUUUCCUUUUUUGCAUCUCAUGAUAAAUGAGCUGUUUGAGAAUGAUAAAGUAAUAUGAGUAUCUGGAAUAGUUACUAAUAUUUUGAAUACGUAGCUGCUCAAAAGGAGGGGGGAAAAAAAAAAAAGAAAAAGGAAUUUGGGUGACGUACCUGAAGAGAUAUUGAACUGCUGUGAAAGGAAACAGCUGUUGUAUUCUCCAGUACAUGUUGGAUGUUUUGUUGUACGUUGCCCAAUUGUUCCUUAUGGUGCACUAUUUCAGCUUUAUGACAUGGCGCUCAACACUUAAAGAGAAUGUGUGCUUUCUUGCUGUGCUGCUGCUCAUGUUGAUUAUUUUCCUUUUGGGGUCAGAAUGAUAAUUGAUAGCUGUGAUAUUAUCAUCUCUUAAUUAUUACUUUCCAGUUUAUGAAAACUUUCUCGCUUUUCCCUGCUGCUAUGCUCUUUCUUUCUCUUCUUUGCAGCUGUUAGUUGCUGAUGGACAGCGUCAUGCAUAAUGAGAUCCAUUCUGGGUUAUUUUAGAUCCUUUAUAAUAAGGGCUAUAAAUCAAGGGAAAUCUUUGAUUGUCAGAGUUGUAAUGAAUUAUAUGAUUCAGCCAUUCCCUGUAGUGAGCAAAAUUUAGGCAGUAUUUAAAGAAGGCAUUAAAUAACUCUGCUUCUUACAGUUCUUUUUUUUUUUUUUUAACUUUUAAAAUAUUUAUUUGAUUGCCUUUUUGGAUGAGAUAGAAAAGGUAGUUUUUAAUCAGGAGAAGAAACAUUUGUGUUUCAAAUUCAUCUGUGCUCCUGAAUUAUUUGCACAUCUUAGAAAACUCAAAAUAAGCAUUCAGAAGGAAGAAGCAGCAGUAGAAAACUCUUUGUCACUUCUUGUGCAUUACUCCAUUCCUUUCUGAACUGACAAGCAAGAUGUUUGAAGACUGUAAGAACAGUAAUAAUAAUUAAAACAAACAAACCAAAACUUGCUGUUGGUCUUCUGUUGUAAUAGUUGGCCUUGUAAGGAAUUCCUGUUUCUAUCACUGCUCCUAAAACUUUGCUGGUUUGUGAUCUCUAGUGUUGCAGGUGUAGAACUGGAAGAAACACUGCAUUUUUUUUUAUUUUCUGUAGGACUCAACUUUAUUUUUUCAAUUUCCUAUGGCCAUGUACAACUCCUGAGGAUUUCAUGGGCAUCGUAUUUGCUUAUUAAUUAUAUAUCGUGUUAAGCAGCUAGAUAGUUCAGCAGUCAUGGGACAACGUCUGGAUCAAUGUGCUAUAUUGAUAUAUUCCAUAUUGAUUUUAAAGAAUGCUUAUAGUGGACAUGCCUGUAAAAUAUUUUGGCAGUUAUGCAUGAAAAAUGUUUUAAGCGUCUAGAAUUAGAAGGAUAAUUUUGUGUUACAGCACUAGGCCAAAGUAAUAAGUAAUAGGCGAUUAAAAUUUCUAAUAAUACUCAGAUAAUUCAGUGUGUAAUAGUUCUACCAAAUAUGAAUGACACUUCUAACCUGAAUGCUGAUGAAAUUCAAGGUACUUUUCCAACCAACUCAAUGAGGAAUUAACAUAUAACCACUCUGUGGUCAUCUGAUAUGGUGAAAUCAUACCAAGAAGCCCAAUCAUGGGAAGAGUGAAGGGCAGGAUUUAUGACGUGUUCUUGUCUGUGACCUCAUCAAUUUUGAAGAGCUUUCUCUGCCAUGCUUUCCAGUGUUUUAUCCCAUCUUGUCUUAAAUAACUUCCCACUCUGUAUGAAAAAUACUCUAGAUCAUGUCUUGCUGCUUGUCCCCAAAGAGAAGGUACAGCGCACCAAAGCUAACAAGCAAAUGAAGUGGGGCUGGGAAAAUAUCUCUAGUUGCUGUUACUUACAGUAUGUCUUCUGAGCAAGAGAGCUGGCUGGCAACUUCUUCAACGUACUGAAAAGAGAACAUUCCCUCAGACAAAGGUUAUAAGAGAGUUUGCAAUGGCAAUGCUCUGGAAAUUCAUGAGAGUAGCCAGGUAUUCUAAAACGGCUUUACCACCAAAAAUAAAAGUAAGAGGAAUUCCAACCCACUCCAGGCAGUCUGUACCUUCAGAUUUUGCUGCCAGCGUACCCUGCUCAAGUACUGUGGAAGUGUUUGGUAAAUCUUAUCCUCGAGAUGACUACACCAACAUCACGGAGAAGAUUCUUUCCAAAGUGGGGAAGAACUUGCAUAACAAAAAGCAUCACCCUUUGUGGCUAAUCAAGGAGCAGGUGAAGGACCACUUCUACAAGCAAUAUACAGGACGCCGUGGGAAUCCACUCUUUUCUGUCUAUGAUGGUCUUUCUCCAGUGGUUACAGUGCAGCAGAAUUUUGAUAAGUUACUUGUCCCACGGGACCAUGCCAGCAGAAGAAAGGAGGAUAACUAUUACUUGAAUCGUGAUCACAUGUUAAGAGCACACACAUCAGCUCACCAGUGGGACUUGAUACACUCUGGUCUAGAUGCCUUUCUGGCGGUGGGAGAUGUUUACCGCCGUGAUACAAUUGACAGCACCCACUACCCAGUCUUUCAUCAGAUGGAAGGAGUUCGGCUCUUCUCCUGUCACGAGUUAUUCUCCAGUAUUAAAGAUGGUGAAAGCUUCCAGUUGUUUGAGCAAGGGCAUCGCACUGCGCACAAACAAGAAUGUCACACCAUGGAGGCAGUGAGGCUGGUGGAGUUCAAUCUGAAGCAAGUGCUCACAAAGCUCAUGACUCACAUCUUUGGUGAUGGACUGCAAGUCAGAUGGGUAGACUGCUACUUCCCGUUUACUCACCCUUCCUUUGAGAUGGAGAUCAACUUCCAAGGAGAAUGGCUGGAGGUCCUGGGCUGUGGCGUCAUGGAACAACAGCUGGUUAACUCAGCUGGUGCUCAGGAUAAAAUUGGCUGGGCUUUUGGCUUGGGCUUAGAGAGGCUGGCUAUGAUCCUCUACGAUAUCCCUGACAUCCGACUGUUCUGGAGUGAAGAUGAACGCUUCUUGAAGCAAUUUAUUGUGCCUCAUAUUUCGCAAAAAAUAAAAUUCCAGCCACUCAGCAGAUACCCACCUUUGAUCAAUGACAUCUCCUUCUGGCUGCCUACUGAGACGUACUCUAAGAAUGAUUUCUAUGACUUGGCCCGAAGUGUUGGUGGAGACCUGAUAGAAAAAGUUGUCCUACUGGAUGAAUAUACCCAUCCAAAGACAAAGAAGGUAAUAAAUAGCCACUGCUUUGCAUUUAACUUUGCGAAGUUGAACUUUCAGUUCUUACUGCAAUCGUGCCAAGUUUGUCUGGCUAAGGAGAUUGCUUCACAUGUUAUUUGGUUUAUUGUCUACCUUUCACAAGCAUUUGUGUGUGUUGUCAGGGCUAUCAACAUUUCCAUUAUUGAAGGGUACCUUCUUUACAAAGAAUCUUAUUAAUUUUAGGAGACUGUCUUCAAAAUGACUGUAUGUGCUUAUGUAGCGUCACAAAGGCGCGAUCAAGGUGUACCGUACUUGUCUGUGUUGUGAUCUACAGUCUGUUUCUGGAUCUUGAAAAGAUAACAAGAUUAUAACUUCUACAUGAAGUUGGAGUUGUAAGGAUAGAAUGAAAAAUACACUCUCAGAAGAUGAAAAGGUGUGGACUAGUUUGCUUCAGCAUUAGGAACUAGGACUGAAAUUACAAAGAGUUUGUGUUAACCACAGAAGUUUGACAUUUCCAAUCCAGGAUACCUGAUAAGGGCACAAACAUUCCUUGAAGGAUACGCUACAUGUCCUUCAAGAUCUAAAAUCUGACAUUCACCUAUUCUGUGUUUCCAUGAGAUCUCAUAGUAUAACAGCCCUAGAAACAAAUGCUGAAGUAAUCCCAUGAAGGUCUCAUCUAGUUAUGUUAUCUUGUCAACAGGAGCAAGUCUAGGAUGCUACAGAGGGGCAUGUAUUUCCUAAGCUUUCAAGAAAUGAACUCUCCAUUACAGAAUGUCUUCUUAAUCUUCAUUUAUUAAUCACUGCUUAUAGUUGAACUGUGGGAAUGAUUUAUGUACCUACACACUUGUGUCUUAAUCUAAUUGGUUAUUGCCAUCAAUAGUAUUUCAAGACAAUUAGUUCCACAAAUUAUCCAUUCAUUGUUUUUUAAAGCACAGUUUCAAUUGGGAAAGUGGUUUCAUUCUGUUUGACUUUGUGCUAGAAAGUAAAAAACAUUUCCUAAUUAACUUCUUCUAUAUUGUGUACAUUUAUUCCACCCUCUUGUCAUGUUUCAAAUAAACAUCUCCCAUCUGGUCAGUCA